AUGAUACGGAGUCUGGUGGAUAUCUACCGACAAGAGGGAUGGUUACCAGAUUGCCGCAUGUCCCUCUGCAAAGGAUGGACCCAAGGCGGCUCAAAUGCCGACGUUUUGAUUUCCGAAGCGUAUUUGAAAGGCGUCGCCGAUGUCGACUGGGAGACGGCCUAUGAAGCAGUGGUUAAGGAUGCUGAGGUCGAGCCACCUAACUGGAAUAUAGAAGGACGCGGUGGUCUUCAAAGUUGGAAGACGCUCGGCUAUAUUCCUAUCCACGACACUGACCCCGGCACCGAAGGCCUCCGAACCCGCAGUAUAUCUAGAACGGUCGAGUACGCGUACAAUGAUUUUUGCAUCGCGCAAAUGGCCGAUCGGAUGGGCCGUACAAGCGACCGUGACAAGUAUUUCGAGCGGUCGCGCAAUUGGCGGAAUCUGUACAAGGACGACCAGACUUCGGCGAUAAACGGCGUUGAUACCAAUUUUGUCGGGUUCCUUCAACCCCGCAACGCUGAUGGCACCUGGGCGUAUCAAGAUCCAAUAUUUUGCAGCCCGUUAAUGAACUUUACGUCGUGUUAUCUUAAUGCGGACGGCCACGAGACGUAUGAAGGAAGCUGCUGGCUUUAUACAUUGUAUGGCUACCACCUGCUGCUCAGACAACCACUAACUAACACAUUCCAGCUUCGUGCCUCAAGACAUGGCAGCCUUGAUACAAACGCUCGGGGGUCGAGAAGAAUUCGUUUCUCGCUUGGACUAUCUCCACGACUCGGGAAUCCUCUACCUUGGAGACGAACAAGCAUUUCUAACAGUCUUCCAAUUCCACUACGCCGGCCGCCCAGGCCUAUCAGCCGCACGCGCACACUCGUACAUUCCAUCCCAAUUCAACACAACAGUCGGAGGCAUCCCCGGAAACGACGACAGCGGCGCAAUGGGCUCAUUCGCAGUACUCAGCAUGAUCGGACUCUUUCCUGUCCACGGACAAGACGUCUACCUAAUCAUCGCGCCAUUCUUCAAAGAAGUGAGCAUCCGCAACAGUGUGACAGGGAAGGUUGCGACCAUCCGGAAUGUCAAUUUCGAUCCAUCCUACAAGGACAUUUACAUACAGAGUGCUACGCGUGA